GAUCCUUCUCCGCAUGUGCGGAAGCUCAGCUGUGGCUCAAUUGGUUGAAAACGCGCAGUGCUACAGUGAUGGCGGCGCUCGGAACUGUAAGGGGUAGUAGCAGUUGGUUUUCGGCUUUGGCGCUCGGGGUGACUCUUCUCAAAUGCCUUCUCAUUCCCACCUACCAUUCUACAGAUUUUGAAGUACACCGAAACUGGCUUGCUAUUACUCACAGUUUGCCAUUAUCACAAUGGUAUUAUGAGGCAACCUCAGAGUGGACCUUGGAUUACCCACCUUUUUUUGCAUGGUUUGAAUACGUCCUGUCUCAUGUUGCCAAAUAUUUUGAUCAAGAGAUGCUUAAAGUCCAUAAUCUGAACUACUUCAACUCAAGGACCUUACUUUUCCAGAGAUUUUCUGUCAUCUUUACAGAUGUUCUCUUUGUGUAUGCUGUCCACGAGUGCUGUAAAUGCAUUGAUGGAAGAAAAGCAAGUAAAGAACUUACAGAAAAGCCAAAGUUCAUUCUGUCUGUGUUGCUGCUGUGGAACUUCGGGUUGUUGAUUGUGGACCAUAUUCAUUUUCAGUACAAUGGAUUUUUAUCUGGAAUAAUGCUACUCUCCAUUGCACGGUUAUUUCAGAAAAGGCAUAUGGAAGGAGCAUUUCUCUUUGCUGUUCUCCUACAUUUCAAGCACAUCUACAUCUAUGUAGCACCAGCUUAUGGUAUAUAUCUGCUACGAUCUUACUGUUUUACUGCAAGCAAACCAGAUGGGUCUGUCCGAUGGAACAGUUUCAGCUUCAUUCGUGUUUUUUCCCUGGGACUGAUUGUUUUCCUAGUUUCUGCACUUUCAUUGGGUCCUUUCUUAGCUUUGAACCAGCUGCCUCAAGUCUUUUCCCGACUCUUUCCUUUCAAGAGGGGCCUCUGCCAUGCGUACUGGGCUCCAAACUUCUGGGCUUUGUACAAUGCUGUGGACAAAGUGCUAUCCAUCAUUGGUUUGGAACUGAAACUUCUUGAUCCCAACAAGAUCCCCAAGGCCUCGAUGACAAGUGGUUUGGUUCAGCAGUUUGAACACACAGUCCUUCCCUCAGUGACUCCCUGGGCAACAUUCAUCUGCACUCUGAUUGCCAUAUCGCCCUCUGUUUUCUGUCUCUGGUUUAAACCCCAAGGGCCCAGAGGGUUUCUGCGAUGUCUGAUUCUUUGUGCCUUGAGCUCCUUCAUGUUUGGGUGGCAUGUUCAUGAAAAAGCCAUUCUUCUUGCAAUUCUCCCAAUGAGCCUUUUGUCUGUGGAAAAAGCAGGAGAUGCUUCAAUCUUUCUGAUUCUGACCACAACAGGACAUUAUUCUCUCUUCCCUCUGCUCUUCACAACACCAGAACUUCCCAUUAAAAUCUUACUCAUGUUACUAUUCACCAUCUAUAGUAUUUCUUCACUGAUGACGCUAUUCAGAAAAGAAAAACCUCUUUUUAAUUGGAUGGAAACUUUCUACCUCCUUGGCCUGGGACCUUUAGAAGUCUGCUGUGAAUUUGUGUUCCCUUUUACCUCCUGGAAGCUGACAUACCCCUUCAUCCCUUUGUUACUGACCUCAGUGUACUGUGCAGUGGGUGUCAUAUAUGCUUGGUUUAGACUGUAUGUUUCGAUGUUGACUGGCCCUCCUGUUGGCAAGACAAAGAAGCAAUGAAUAAAGGAACUGCUUGGAUGUA